AUGUUCGCGCGUGAAUCCUGUUGAGAUAUUGCAGACGGUCGAUAUUUGCAGUCGGCCAAGAGUUUCUUCCCUAGAAAAAAAGACAAAAAAUAAUCAUGGUGCUGCAAAAAAUGAUUCAUAAAAAGCUGCAGAAAAUCAAGAGCAAAAAGAGAGGUCACCCUGGCACCGUCUCUAAUGGGCUUGGAUUGGUCAGCGGAGGCGGCGGAGGUGGCGGUGUGCCGAGCCGGGGCUCGCGGAGCGACUGCGAGGCCAUGAUGAUGGUGGCCGACCUCUCAUCGGCGACCUCCCCCGAAUUCAACAAUAACCAAGUUUCGCCCACCCCCGCCCCCCUCCCGCCGGAGGAACUAGCACUACUCGCCAAGCUGGAGGAAGCAAAUAGACUUAUCGAGUCCGACUCGAAAUCCCUGCAUUCCUUUUCGAACAACAGCGGUCAUUCCAGGAAAAGCUCAGACACCUCACAAAUAUCCCUCACAUCCGGUACCAGCUCCAGUCAGGAUCAUGGUAUCACUGAAGGAGAGGAAACGGACUUGGACAUCUGGGGUCGUAUCGUCAACGAUUUUGACCACUACUCGAAGAAGAAGAACAAUAUUCUCAAGGAGCUCGUCAGGAAAGGCAUACCAGAUGUAUGGCGGAAUAUGUCGUGGCAACUCCUAUGUGGAGCACUGGACUCACCUCUUAAACAACAGUAUGCAGAAUACAUUAAAGCAACAUCAGUUUGCGAAAAGGUGAUACGCAGGGAUAUUGCUCGGACGUAUCCUGAGCAUGAUUUCUUCAAGGAAAAGGAUGGACUAGGACAAGGAAGCUUAUUCAACGUGAUGAAAGCCUAUUCUUUGCAUGACAGAGAAGUUGGUUACUGUCAAGGUUCUGGAUUCAUUGUUGGCCUUCUUCUGAUGCAUAUGCCGGAGGAAGAGACUUUUGCAGUUUUUGUGAAAAUCAUGCAAAAUUAUCGAAUGCGGGAUAUGUUUAAGCCAUCCAUGGCAGAAUUAGGUCUUUGCAUGUUUCAACUAGAGAAUCUUGUUCAGGAACUUCUACCGGAACUAUUUAUUCAUUUUCAAUCUCAAAAUUUUCACACUAGUAUGUAUGCAAGCAGCUGGUUUCUAACGCUGUUCACAACAGCCUUUGCCACUCCGACUGCCAAUAGGGUUAUUGACGUCUUCCUCCUAGAAGGAAUGGAAAUAAUUUUCAAAAUCGCUUUAGCUCUGCUCCAAGUUAAUGAACAGGAUCUCUUAGCUCUUGAUAUGGAAGGCAUGCUCAAAUUUUUUCAAAAAACCUUACCUUCAAGAGCUGACAGCAAUCUAGAUGAAUUAAUGGAAAUAGCAUAUAACAUCAAAAUUAGUUCGAAGAAAAUGAAAAAACUAGAAAAGGAAUAUGUUAUAAUGAAGAAGAAAGAACAGGAAGAAAUGGUAGAAUUAAAGAGAUUACGAAAUGAGAACAAAUUACUGAAGCAGAGAGUAGAACUUUUAGAGAAUGAAUCAACUGAACUAGCAGAUCGUCUUGUAAGGGGCCAAGUCUCGCGAGCGGAGGAAGAAGAAACCACGUUCGUCGUACAGCGAGAACUAGCAGCUCUGAAGCACACUCAUUUAGAAACCUCGCAUAGGCUGGAACUUGCUCAAGAAGAAAUUAGGAACCUAUCUCUGAUGAUCGAACAGAAUAAUACAUCAUGCCAGUCAUCUUUAGAAGAAGUUACAGCAAAGAGAGAGUUGCUCACUCAAAAAGAAGAUAUGAUUCAUUGUCUACAAGCGGAGCUAGUCAAAGUACGAUUAAGAGAAGCAGAAAAUGAGGUCUUAAUCAGAGAUCUUCGAGAUAGGAUUCAAGAAUUAGAAGAGGAUAAAAAAAGGCUUCGAGAAACAGUAGUGGAUAACUCUGUUGCUCAUCUUCAAGAGGAGCUAAUUGCCGUCAAAUUGAGAGAGGCCGAAGCAAAUUUGUCUCUGAAGGAAUUGCGACAGAGAGUCACUGAGCUCAACAUGCAAUGGCAAAAACACUUGCAGGAACGAAAACUGGAUCCUCCACCGCCUCCUGACUCAACGCCAAAGAAAAUAGGUCAGCUAAUAGGUUGGAAUAGUCAAGAAACGCAAAAGCUUGAAGAAGAAUUAAUGACAAGUAGGUUACGGGAAAUGGAAGCCGUCUCCGAACUGAAAGAACUCAGGUUAAAGGUAAUGGAACUAGAAACGCAGGUUCAAGUUAGUGGUAAUCAACUGCGCCGCCAAGAUGAAGACAACAAAAGACUGAAGGAAGAAAUAGAAAAUUUAGAAUCCCAACAAAAAGAAUUGCAUUCUAAACUAAGAGAGCAGCAGCACAGAUAUUCUGAUUUAGAAUCCAAGAUGAAGGAUGAUCAAAUGAUGGCCAGAAUUCGGGAUGCUGAGCAUACGCAACUAGUAGCUGAGCUUACCCAAAAAAUUUCUCGAUUGGAGCUUCAGAAUGAAGAGAUGGUUGCAGAAGGUGAACUGAGAGGCAAUGCUGAUGACAGUGAUAAAGUUCAUGAUCUUCAAAACAAAGUUGCUGACCUAAAAGCAGAGAUUGCAAGAUUAGAAAACUGGAAAGAACGGUGGACAGGAAAUCAGCACCAAGCCGUAAAAGAAAAAAGAUCUGCCUCGAUCGAAAGUGAACACGACGAACUUUCGGAGCUGCGCCUUAAAUUAAAUGCAGAUUCAACCCCUGUAUCAUAGUAUUAAUCCUAGUGCAAUUUUCUAGAAACUAUUGUUUAGGUAAGUUUUUCAAUUGAAUAACUGUCGAUAUUGUUCCUUCAGGAAUCAUGGGGACAGAAUUGUUACGUUCCCUGAAAUUAUGAACAUUUCUGGUAAAAAAUCUAAGUUGUGUAAAUUUAUUGUUAAUUAUUAUGGAUGACCGCGAUUGUGAUAUAUUAUUUUACUGUGUUUCCGCGGUGCAUGUUUUAAUUUAGAAUUGUCUCACUUUUCUCUAACUUAUUCAAAUAAAUUUAUGUUUUCAUUUUAUGUACUUAUUUGGUAUCCUAAUUUAUUCAUAAUGAUUAUCGAAUAGUAUUUGAGUAAAAAGUAUUAAAAGAUGUAGUAAUAUAUCACAAGUUACUUGAUAGCUUAAUGUGGUUCCUAUAUUGGGAGAAUGUGCAAACGCUGUUUCAAAAACUGGCAAAAUUAUGUUUUUAAUUUUCAAAUUUUAUAUGAAAGUACGUUACAUGCUUGGAAAAAGUGACAAAUUUAUGACCAAGUCAUAUAGGCAUUAUCAAAGAUUCGUAAUGACAAUGUAAUUCUAAAAGAAACGAAAUAUCUAUGUUCCAACAAAUAUUUUUUGUUUAUCACUCUCUGAAGAUUAAAAAUCUUAAUUUAUUUAUUAAACGUACAUUAAUCUUGCUAUGAAUGACUAUCAGCUCUCCUGUUGAUGAUGUUCAGUGCUGAUUGCUCAUUUUGUGGAGAACUGUUAAUUGAGUUUAUUUCCAAAUGUACUCUGUAAUCCAACAUAAUGAAACGCUUUCUUCUCUUUUCUUUAAAAAAAAUAACUAGAUCCUUCCCUUGGUUAUACUCAUUUGCAAUGGUCUGCUGUGCUGUUAAAUGUGUUUCUCUCUCCUCAGAUUAACCCAUGUUACUAAACUCCAUUCAUAACCUGUUCUAAGUCUAGUUCUCCCAUAGUGUAACCAUCCAGACACCUACACUCAAAAUACCUCCCAUAUUGUCCAAUUUUCAAGUGCUCCUUUAAGUUUUCAAGGAUUAUCUCCUGUGAUAAAAUAUUUGAAAGUCUCUUCAUGUGCAAUAAUUCAUCUGAUGCUUCAGAUGCAAGAAACAACAAAAAGCGAAAUUUUUCAUCUAAAAUCACACACGGAGCAAAUUUUAUUUACAAUUUGCGUUUUUUUAUU